AAAAUUAUCUAUAUUCUAUCAAACAUUACAUACAAUCAUUAACUAUAUAUAACGAAUUUUCGAAUUCUUUAGGCAGAUAUGAAUUACAUCAGGCUAUGGGUAAAGUUUAUACUGAAUUAAACAAUUAUCCUAAAGCAUUUCAACAUUUCUAUGAAGCAUUAUCUAUAAGACAAAGCGAAUUCCCUAAUAAAUAUUAUUCCAAUAUAGGCAUCGAUCGUUCAAUUACUCGUAUUUAUCUUAAAACCGAAUAAUUUAACUUAGCUAUUAAGCAUUGUAAAAAACUUUUAGAAUUCAAAGACUCUAUUAGGCCUGAUAAUGGAACAAAAUUUGCAUUAUUAAAUCAAUUCAUUGGUUGGUUAUGUUAUAAAAAUGAACAAUAUGAAUUAGCAUUUCAAUAUUGUACAAUAGCAUUAAAUAUUUAUAAUAAUCAGGUUGAUACUCAUGAACUCGAGGAAAUUAUUUAG